UGACGUUUCGAAUUUUCGAACGCGAGGAAUUUUGUAGUUCGAACGUCGAACGUAGCGGUUGUCUGACGUUCCGCUAUCACCGUCUUUCAAAGUUAUAAACACAUACAUACCAGCAGCGGAUCGACAAAGUAAGGACAGACUGUCACAGACAUGCCGAGAAGGGCUAGGGACCGUGCGGUGGAAUCUUCACCUGAAGUCGGCCCAGAGGAAGAGAAUACAGAGAAGUUUCCGGAGAAAUUGUGGAGGUUAGCUAAAGACGCCAGGAUCAAGUCCCUUCAGUGGGUGGGGAGUGGAGACGCUAUACUUAUCUACCAGAAGUCUUUUACACAGGAGUUACUGAACAAAAAGGAGUUCUUCAAGACUAAGAGUUUCGACUCGGUGGUGAGAAAUCUCAAUCUGUACGGCUUCAAGAAGGUACAGUUGGACUGCGUCCCCGAACAGAGCAACAAAAGAUCACGGAAGCCAUCUGGCGACAACCUGCUGUACUACAAGCACCCCUUCUUCCACCGUGACAAGCCCGACACCCUCCACCUCGUCCGCCGUCCCAGCUGCUCCAAGUCGGCGGUAGCAGAGCGCCGCCGCUGCCGCCUGGUGCAGGCCCUGACGGCGCUCCGGGCCAACCUUCCCGACGACGACGACAGACCGGAUCUCGGGGAGCUCCUCAACACCAUCGGCGGCGGCGAUGCACCAACCAGUGGGCCUAAAACUCCCCUUACAAAGCCGGCAGGACGAAAACCUACCCCUCCGUCGUCUCCAGAUGCUAGAAAAAAAUCCGCCAGUAAGAAGAGACCCCGGGGAAGACUGCAGCAGUCUGAAGAUGCUGCUGAAGAAGACCAAGGAUCAGUCGCAUGCAUGCAGAAGAUGACCAUAACUCCCAUAGACAACCCUAGCGCCACCUUGCGGAGUGAGAACGACCUUCAGGAUGACGACAUUUUGGAGAUGGACGUGGAUGCUGCUGACGUCGCCUCCUUCCCAUCUCCUGGCCCAGAAACGGUUAGAUCAACGCUUCCUGGGACAAGCGGUGGUUACAGACAAGACGCUGAUGUAAACCACUACAACGCCACGCCGUACUUGGGAGACUCUGCGCUUCACCACAACGACCCGUUUGGCGGGAGCUACUACCCUCUCGGCGAGAGCGACUCCACCUGGUGCCACGGCGUGCCGCCACAGUGCUACGGAGACGACCACGCCGUGUCCUGUACCCUCCCCAACCGUCAGUGGGCAUGGCAGGCCUACGGUGACCACCUCAGCGGCUACCCCUACGCCUGGCCGGCCCCGUACCACACUAACACCAUGCCGUACGGCUGGAACAACGGAUCAGACCAAGUCCCCGUGCCAUGCGAGACGGGCAACAACCUAGAACAACACGUGCGACAAGACCCGGAGCCGUCUACUACCACCAUCACAGCCCUCUCAACGGUGGACGUAGCUGCAAUUGCUAGCCAUGACUCGCCAGGCGGCGCUACUCCACAGGCGUCACCAACUAUUACGUUAACUGUCUUGUAA